AUGCCAGCCAGCUCUACUCCGGCCGGUAGCACAACCAACUCGGUUGGGAUGUUGGCGCCCUUCACCAACGAGCUCGACAAGAUUGCUCCUUCAUUCAAGAUACAUGGGUCGCAGAUUCAAGUCAUUCAGACCCCAACCGAUUUCUAUGAAACAUUAAAGUCCAAGAUACGCGGCGCAAAGAGGAGGAUAUUCUUGUCGACGCUGUAUAUAGGAAAGACUGAGAAGGAACUGAUUGCGACCCUAUACGAAGCUCUGAAAGCGAACCCCGACCUAAAGCUGAGUAUUUUGACCGAUGCCUUGCGCGGAACACGAGAAGCGCCCAACCCAUCAUGCGCAUCAUUGCUGGCGCCCUUGAUCACCGAAUUCGGACCUGAGCGAGUCGAGAUACGUAUGUACCACACGCCGAAUCUUACUGGACUUAGAAAGAAACAUAUUCCAAAGAGAAUCAAUGAGGGUUGGGGAUUGCAACACAUGAAACUCUACGGCAUUGACGACGAAAUAAUCCUCUCCGGCGCAAACUUGUCCUCCGAUUAUUUUAGCAAUCGCCAGGAUCGAUACCAUCUCUUUUCGUCAGCCGAGAUCACUGAAUACUUUGACCGCCUCUACCAGGGCGUCACAUCACUCAGCUUCUUGGUCGAGCCUAGUAAGGAACCGUCUGGUUUCAAUCUGGUCUGGCCUGCCACCAAUGCAUCGCCGUCGCCUUUGGACAAUCCAAAGCAGUUCAUAUCAAACUCGACGGCAACUUUGAGUGGCCUCAUCUCCUCAGGCCAGACUGUCACUGUGCCUAAACCCGAUAGUUCUGCGCCAGACACUACGAUAUAUAUGCUUGCGCAACUUUCGCAACUACUAUCACCCAACACAUCGACAGAGUUGCCAGCAGUGACUCAUGUUCUCAAGACCUUGGCAGACCCCCAAUAUGCUGGAUCAUCAUGGACGUUCACUGCGGGCUACUUCAACCCAGCUCCCUCAUUGACCAAUCUCUUGAUGUCUACAGCAUCGUCGAACUGCACAGUGAUUACUGCGUCGCCUCAGGCGAACGGCUUCUAUGGCUCCAAAGGCGUGUCUGGUAUGUUACCAGAUGCCUAUACUUUGCUUGCACGACGCUUCCUGGACGCAAUUCAUCGCCAGAAGCGUGAUGCCGCUAUUGUAUUGAAAGAGUGGCGCAAAGGCACCGUUGGUGAACCAGAAGGCUGGACAUAUCACGCAAAGGGUCUUUGGAUUACCCUACCAAAAGAAUUGGACCCAUCAAUCAGUAUCAUUGGAAGUUCAAACUAUACGAAGCGCAGCUACACACAUGAUUUGGAGGCCGGAGCUCUUAUUAUCACCGAGAACCAGGAGCUGAAACAAAGGCUCGGAGCCGAGAAGAACUGGUUGCAGGACUAUGCAAGCCCGGUAUCUCUGGACGACUUUGCAAAGACCGAAAGGCGAGUCGGCCUUCACGUCCGGAUAGCCAUGUGGAUUGUCAAGGUUGUCGGUGGCGCACUAUAA